AUGCCCAUAUUUGGCACGCGACCCGACGGCAUAUAUUGUCCCCUGCGACAAUUGGGGACGCGAGGAGUGCAGACCUACGAGGUCGCCCUCGCCUCAAUUUUAACCAUCGCCAGCAAUUACUAUCAGCAGAAAACCGGUACCAUCGACAUGGGGGUUUCAACACGACAAAACCAUACUCACCGACUGCUGAGCCAUGUUAUACAAGAUCCGAAUCAAGAUAUCGAUGCUGUGCUCGCCGCCAUAAUUUUCACUCAACUAGUCGAGUUCGCUUUGGGGAGAACUCGAUCAGUCGAGAACAGUAUGAAAUGCCUAGGUGCUAUCUUGGCUCAGCGUGGUGGCAUGAGUAACAUCCCCAAGUUACAGCCGAAGCUGGUGGACCCUUUCUAUGUUUCAGUCCAGUACAUGUUUGCCGAGUAUAAAUUCUCCUCUGAGAUUGAGCAGCAAGUGACUCGAACGAAUUUCUUGUCUUCUUUACACUCGGUUCUCGCAAACUUUGGCCAUAUCUGUACUACAACUCCUCCACCUGGGUCCGACAACUCGGAUCUGCCCGAAUUCUUCGUGGAUUCCAAAUUAACCUGUCGAUAUUAUCAGUCAUUGACUACGGCGAGAAAGAAACUAUGGGAGAUCCUGAACAAAUUCACAAACGCUGUUACUGUGUCUGACCACUCAGUACCAUACGUCGUGCAGUCAGGGACAUUUCUUGUAUUGCUGCACCUCUCGCAUACACUGGUGCCACUCGAAUCCAGUAUUUCAAAAUUCGAAUCUUUUGUAUCAAGGUUGGAAGAAGUAUGCGAAGGGAGCUUCUCCACCUCUCCAGAGGCACAAAUGUGUGUUUUGAGAUCAACUACCCUCGGCUCGAUAAUCAGCCACGUCCGGCAGGAGUUUUCGCCUCCAGAAUCAAGACUUGAACAAGAGGCAAGAGUCAACCAGAUCAUCAUUGAUGGACUGAAGGUUUUUGGCGGUGCGGAUAACAGAAAGCGAACACUGCUCCUGCACCAUUUACAUGCUCGCCUUUUCACUGGUAAUUCAGAUGGUGGAGAUAUAUGGCUGAACAAAUCUAAGCAAUGGAGUUUGGCUCGCGAAUGA